AUGAAGACCAACGAGGCCCUCCUUGCCCUGCUUCACUCCGCAACAGCAGCAUCUAUUCCCUUAGUUUCCCCUAGAGGCACCGAGAUUGUUGGCGGCCAGCCUGGUAAGAUUGAAGACUUUGCAUACCAAGCACAUCUCUACAACGACGGAGCAAACGGCUGCGCUGGCACCAUCAUUAGCAAUCGUCACGUCGUCUCCAAGCGUCUUGAAAUCCCCGUCUAUGACGACGCAAAUGUAGACUACGAUGUCACUGUCCUCGUGCUGAACAGGGAUAUCAAGUUCAGCUCGACAGUCAAGGCCAUCAAUGUGGCAAGCAAGGCUCCUGCUGCGGACACAACGGCCGUCGUCUCUGGCUGGGGUGUGCUCACAGAGGCAGAGGAUAAGGACCCCCAGCCUCACGAACUGAGAUAUGUCAAUAUCCCCAUUGUGGACCACGCCGAGUGCCAGAAGGACUACGGCAACAACCCCGACAGGACGGAGCAAAUCACACCUCGAAUGAUCUGCGCAGGUGUCAAGGAGGGAGGCAAAGACUCGUGCCAGGCCGACAGUGGCGGUCCACUUGUUGCUAACAAUACUCUUGUCGGUAUUGUUUCGUUUGGUCAGGGAUGCGGCCGACCUAACUAUCCUGGCGUCUACACUGACGUUUCGGAGCCAACUGUCCACAAGUUUAUCAUGGACAGUCUCAAAAUCACCUCGUGA